AUGCCUCUAAUUAUUGAGCACAAUCGCUACCCCAUCUCUUGCUUAAAUCAAGAAGUUUAAAAGAACCUCACCAAAAUCCAAAACUCUUUGAAAAAGCACAACUAAUUCCAAAUCUUCGUCAAAGUCCUUUUGGAAAUCACAGUCGAAUCCAACUUCGCCGAUCAAGGUGCUCUCAGAGACAUUAUUGUCGCCUUCAACAACUUGAGAGUUGAAUUAGUUGAUUCUCUCAACUAAAUCACAGCCGAUGAAGCUUAAGCUGUUACCGACUUCAACGCCCAAGUUGUCUAAUUGAACUAAGAACACGCUGAAUUCUAAAGAGCUGUCGUUGUCAAGAAUGCUGAAAUCGAAGCCAACGCAACCAAGAUUGAAUAAACCCUUGACCUCAUCGAUGAACUCGAUGCUGAUUUAGCAACCCUCAACGGAUAAUUAUAAGCUGAAAACGAUGACUUUGCCUUUGCCACCGAUGUCUACAAUUCAACCGUUGCAGAAUACAACAAAGAAAUCAAUGCUGCCAACCAAGCCUUAGAAUUGCUCAACUAACCAAGAUUUUAAGAUUAUGUUAAAUCAUAACUCAAAGGAGCAUGAUCUAUUCAAUAAUAUCAUUCAAAAGUUAUCACCAUUCUAUCGAAUUUUUAUU